GAGUAACCGAGCCUGGCCUAAAUCCGCGGCUGCGCGAAUCAAAGAGCGCUCCCAAGAGUGGCCGAACACGACAGCCGCGAUAGUUUCAGGGAAAGGGUGACGAAUUAAACAUUGGCCCAGUGUUCAAUCAAUGUCCUUACUUGGGCGCCGACAGAUCAGCUUUGAAAGGGUGAAGAAUUAGGGUUGAAGGGUUGCUCCUGGUCGGAUUAAUGGCGCCGUUUCUGCCGCACUUUCGUACACGCGACCGACCGCGUUGUUAUCACUUUCAAUAAAUUUUUUCCCAGAAAAAAAAACCGGACGAAAUUUAAUAGUGUCGUGGACAAGAUUGCCUAUGUAUUACCUAUAUCGUCGAUCAAGCGGCACAAAUGAAUACAGUUCUCGCUCGCAACGAUCGGGGCAACAUGUUACCCGGGGACCGAGACGAUCGAUCGACUUGACGUCUCGUUAUCGAUAACAUACGGUGUGUCGCGGAUGGUGUCCACGUCGACGAUGACGAAGAAUCGGGAAAACAAGUUGCCAACGUUGAACGACCAGCUCUACUACGGGAGAAUUUCUCUGUCCAGUGGGAUAAAGUGCCGUAACGUCCAAGACGCCAUGUAUCAGCGUGCCUCCAAUCGAGAGGGCCGAUUGGAGGAAGAUAACCGGCAGGUAAACGGGGCGCGGGCUACGCUAAGGCUAAGGUGCAAUUCUCUGGCGACAAAGGGCAACAACUGCCCUGUCAACAAUACCAGCAUCGUCGCGUCCAGGGGGGAGCUUGCUCGAAGUAACUGCGCGGCCAGAGAGACGCCGGCGCCGUCCACCGUUUACAAGACAGCCGUGAACGCGAAUGGUACUCGCGCCAAAUUUCACCACCAUUUCCCCAAACAACAGUCCUCCAACGAAGUCGUAGCAUCCGUGGAUCGCGACAAGUCUCAGCGGCCUAUUCGCAAGUCAUUCUCCGUGCCCGAUUAUCUCCGAGACAGUUUCUCGACGACGCGGAAGAUCGAUCGGAAAACGACCGAUGAAGGUAUUUUGAAGAGAUCGUCCGCUUUUCUGUCGAGUCUCACCCACUCUGCCGCUAGAAUCCGUGCGAGCAAGCUAGACGAAAGCCGCUCGGAGGACAGUUACUGCAACGAGAACACCUGUUCGAUCAGGCAUUCGCCGCUGAGGGGAUACCUUUCGAUCUUGAGCAGGGUGACGAACGAUCUUGAGCCGUUUCGACGAGCUCGUUCGUCGAGCGUUCAAACGUUGCCGGUCGAACGGCGUAGGAGAAGCGGCGCUCGCGUGAAGAAAUCCGUGUCGUUCAGUUCGGACACGAGUUUCGAGGAGAAACGCCUGCCUUACAGAAGAGUGGCCGCCGUUCACGAGGUCAAAGUCUAUCACAAGGGUGUUUUGCAAGAUCGUGGCGUGCACGAGGCGGACACCGCGGGAAAAGUGCCGUCCUCGUGGCAAGCGACCUCCGAGGGCGCAUCGGCCCUUCUCAGGGCAGCCAGAGAUGCCGACGACACUGCCCUCGAGCAAAUUGCUGCCCACGUGCGAAAAUUCGGCCUCGCCGACAUGGACGUCAAUAUCGCUGACAGCAGCGGCAGGACCGCCAUCAGCUACAUGGCUGGGAAUGGUGCCUCGACGAUGCUGGAACUAGCUCUGUCGUACGACAGGGUGGACCCGAACGUUCCCGACAACGAAGGCAACACGCCUCUGCAUUUUGCCGCGCAGGCUGGGCAAACGGAGUGUCUGAACAUACUGCUUCAAAGAUGCCCGGACAUCCAAGUGGACGCGAGAAACGCAUCGGGCUUCACUCCGUUGAUGAAGGCAGCCCUCCAAGGAAGAACCAAAUGUGCCAAAAUUCUGUUAUUCGCCGGCGCGAAUCCGACGCUGAGAGAUCACGGGAGAGGACUGAGGGCCGAACAGUGGGCCAGAUUUUGCGGAAGAUACGUGUGCGCCGAAGUGAUCGAGAGGUUCGCCAGACAUCGACUUCUGGAAAGAUCGACUUCUUGCCGCUGGGGUAGCGAACCCGAACUGGCAGCAAAAGUACUUCAGGGAAAGGUGAUGCCUGUUCCGACCGCACCUCUGUCGCCGCCAUCUUCCGGGCUCAAGUCGAAGAUAAGGAAAGUUUUUCGCACCACGUCCGGGCCAGAUCGAAGCUUCUCCUUGGUCUCUCAAUUAACCAGCGCUGCCCUUUGCGCAAGCAGUCCGGCACUACCAAAAUCCAGCGACGUUCCUCCCGUGGUUAAAAGCCUUCUCCGACCUUUGAGCGUUCCACAGUUAAGAGUGACUCUGGUUUCGCCGCAAGAUUUUCUUGAGCAAUCGAAGGACAAGUACGCGCCAAAUUUCACGGAGAAGAUCGAGAAUACGGUAGGAAAGCCAUCGCGGUCGAAGAACAAAAACAAAUAAAAACGACGAGUCACGUUCAGCGAUUCAUCCGCCGACUAUUCGGUUCGGAUACACAGUUCCUACCAAACGAUCCUCGUUCAAGUACUAUUGAUAUACUAAAAAUCUUGUACGGUCAUUCUUUUUUCUAGUCGAUCGAAAUUUAACAAACUUUUCAACCUCGUAUUCUAUUCCACGCAACGAUGAAAUUUAUUUUUGCUCUACGAUUUUGGUAAAUAUCGCCAGAGGUUAGACUGUACAGAUAGACAAGUUUCUCCAACUGAACGUCAACGGAUCAACAAGAGUUAUCGUUAUUCAUCGAAUCGAUGAGAUAAUUUUUCAAUGCUUCGUGAAAUAAUCAUUCACCAAGUGAGCGACGAAAACGAUUUUUCAACUUACAAAUACCUAUUGAAAAUCAUAAACUGACAUUUUUUUAAAUUAUAUUGACCGCCGAACAAACUUAUAAAUAAAUAUCUUAGUAAAACUGUCGUAUAUUAUUUGUAAGACGGUUGCUAGCUAUUAAAGGCGAAAGCAAUCUUUCUUCUUCGGGGCGAGCCAGAACCAUACUCUGACAAGGACAUUACCACAUGUACUUACAUGUUUAUAUAUUAUACAGUACUCGUAGCAAAUACGUACAAAGGUAAAAUUUCUAUGUGUACAUGAAACUUUGCACGUACUUACUCACACCUGCGUCGAGCACUCGAACGUGAGCGUAAUGCGUAAAUUUUACAACUCGGAUAAUAUUGCCUUCAACAAAAGUGCAUACUGUUGUAACAAGAGACAACGAGGUAUAACGAACUGCUUCGCAACGCAGGUUUCUAUCGUUAAUAAAGUUCGUACUUUGCUGUUGAAGAACUGUAAGAAAUAUAUUUUUUAGAAUAAACAUUAACGAGGCG